CCCGCUGCGAUUGCGCCUGGUGGCUCCGCCCGGGGACAUCCCUGCUCUGCUGGGUUUACUCAUCCUGGCGAGGUGAUCCCGGGCGCGAGGGCGGGCGCAAGGCGUCCCGAGAACCCAGUAAUCCGAGAAUGCAGUAUCAGCCCUUCCCACUAGGCACUUCCUUCCUUUCUCUGAACGUCCAGGGAGGGCGGUAGGGCCGCGCGCACUUAUAAACUUGGGCCCUAGCCUGCCGGCAUGUCAGAGGCUGCCUCGCUCAGGCUGUGCGUCUGCGGGCAGACUAACCGAGGUUGGGAUCCACUCAAGUGGCUGUUGCCAGCGGCGCCCUGAGCCUCUCAGCCUGGGCCUGGAAUCCGCCCCGUCGCGGCGCCUGUGUUCGCCCCUGCGCUUGCACUCUCGUGCCUGGACAGCAUGCUCCGGGUGCUUCUCCUUGGCAUGCUGGCCCCCGCUGGCCUGGGACUCCCGGUACCCACGGAUCCGCAACCCCGCGGUAGCCAGUGCAUCGAGCAUGACUGCUUCGCGCUUUUCCGGGGCCCCGCCACUUUCCUUGCUGCCAGCCAGGUGUGCGAGCAUCUGCAGGGCCACCUGAUGACCGUGCGCUCCUCAGUGGCUGCUGAUGUCAUCUCUCUACUACUAAGCGGCGACAGUGACAACGGCCCAACUCUCUGGAUUGGCUUGCAGUUCCCGCCGGGCUGCAACGACCCGGGGCACCUUGGGCCCUUGCGCGGCUUCCAGUGGGUUACGGGCGACCAGAACACCAGCUACAGCAGGUGGGCGCGGCUCCAGGAGGAACAGACGCCCAUCUGCGGUCCGCUAUGCGUCGCCGUCUCAACUAUCAGGUCGCCUGCACCCCCAGAGCCGGUUUGGGAGGAGCAGCAGUGCACCGCCGAGGCCGAUGGCUUCCUCUGCGAGUUCGAGUUCAAAGCCUCCUGCAGGCCCCUGGCGGUGGAGUCCCGCGCCGCAGCGGCCGCCAGUGUCUCCAUCACCUACAGCACCCCCUUCGGGGCCCGCGGCGCCGACUUUCAGGCGCUUCCCAACGGUAGCUCCGCCGUCGUAGCGCCCUUUGGAGUGGAGCUAGUUUGCGCCGCGGAGGCUGGAAAGGUCGAGGCGCGCUGGUCCCGCGAGGCUCCGGGCGCCUGGGACUGCAGCGUGGAGAAUGGCGGCUGCGAGCACUUCUGCAACCAGAGCGCUGGGACGCCGCACUGCUUCUGCCUGGGUGAUGAGAUCUUGCAGGCCGAUGGGCGCUCCUGCGCCACAGCACCUGCGGAGCACUCAUGCGAGACACUCUGCGAGCACUUCUGUGUAAACAACCCGGAUGUGCCCGGCUCUUACACCUGCAUGUGCGAAACGGGCUACCAGCUGGCUGCUGACCAGCACAGGUGCGAGGACGUGGACGAUUGUUUGCAAGUGCCCAGUCUAUGCCCGCAGCGCUGUGUCAACAAGAAGGGCGGUUUCGAGUGCCAGUGCUACCCCGGGUACGAGCUGGUGGACGGCGAAUGCGUGGAGCCCCUCGACCCUUGCUUUGGGAGUAACUGCGAGUACCAGUGCCAACCCCUGGGCCAGACUGACUACCGCUGCGUCUGUGCAGAGGGCUUUGUGCCCAAACCCAGUGACCCCAACAGGUGUCAGAUGUUCUGUAACCAGACUUCAUGUCCAGCCGAUUGUGACCCCAACAACCCAGACAACUGCCGGUGCCCCGAGGGCUACAUCCUGGACGAGGGCUCCAUGUGCACUGACAUUGAUGAAUGUGACAAUGGCUACUGCCCACAGGAGUGCCGCAACCUCCCUGGUAGUUACCAGUGCCUCUGCGGGCCCGACUCACCCUUCGCUGGCCAGGUUGGCACGGACUGUGACACCAGCAAGGUGAACGAAGAAGAGGAAGGCUCUGGGGAGCCCUCAGCGAGCCCAACUCCUGGUGCGACCUUGAGCCCCUCCCCAACAGGGCCCAUGCAUUCUGGGGUGCUCAUUGGAAUCUCCAUCGCAAGCCUGUCUCUCGUAGUGGCGCUUUUGGCACUCCUCUGCCAUCUGCGCAAAAAGCAAGGUGCCAUGAGAGCUGAACUGGAGUAUAAGUGUGGGUCCCCUGCCAAGGAAGUGGUCCUGCAGCAAGUGAGGACACCUCAAAAACUCUGAAGGGGCUCCCUGCCCGGCCUUAUUCCCCACUACCCCAGCCUGAUCCCCUGGCUCCCAGAGCACCUUGGCUGGCAUCAGAACUGGAGAUGACUCCCCACCCCUUCUGUCACUGAUUCCACGCCUGGUGGAGGAGGGAGUUGGAAGGAGGAUGUGCCCCAGCCACACGCAUGACAGAUGUCAUGGGACAAAUGGGCAGAGAUGGCAGUUUAUAGUGAAGACUCAGAUUGCAGCGUCCCAUGCCCUCGCCCCGCGGCACAGGCCGGGUGAGCAUUGUUGGUCAGCAGCCCUUUGGGCAGACUGUGAUCGUGUCGGUGGACCAGUGAGUGUAAAUGAGUAGUUGGCGAUGACCAAGAUAUUUAUUUUUAGGUAUUUAGGAGUCCCCCCCUUUAUUUGGCUUUUCUCCCUGCCUGUCCGCUUUGCAUCUCUCCCUCCUCCCCUCCCCUUCCCCCUUCUCUUUUUCUCCAGCCAUAUACUCCCACUUCCAUGUGACAUUUAAACUAUUUUGGGAAUUUCCCCCCUAGUCCUCCUGCAUUAAUGAAGCCACCCCCCCCCCAUUUUCCUCUCUCAGGACCCCAUGGCACCAUACCUGUGUCUGAUCCUACUUUUGCUCUUAGCUGUCUGCCUGGGCAGAAUUCCUAUGUGAAACAGAAAUGAAAACACUAAAAAAAAGAAGUGUUGGGCAUUUGCUCUUUCACGGAUUUGCUAAUUUAUUCUGAACCUUUAGCUUUCGAGAGUAAUCUCAUUUUAACAGAGGUGAAGACAUGAGAGGCAUUUGUUAAAUUAAUGUUAAUGGGCUGUCAGAGAAAUUCAACCUGAGGAGUUUUUUAGUUUUAUUUUUUUGAACAGUGAGCCUGGGUUUUAUUGUUGUUGCUGUUUUGAUUUGGACUGAAUGGUGAUAAUAGAUACGUUUCUUAAGCAGUUUCCUUUCCCAUUAUUAUUAUUGUUGUUAUUAUUAAUAAUUUUAGACAAUAUUGAAGAUGUUCACCCUAAUUUCUUUUUUAAAAAGAAGAGAAUGCCUUCCAGGAGACAGGUUAAGAAAGUUAUGGGCCUCGUGGUUCAUAACCAUUUGACUCACACUUAUUAUAAGUUGUAAGUGUUGUAAGUGAAAAUAAAACCAGCUGUACUGGUUUUGUGGGAUUUGGGAGCUUGGGGAUGGAGUCUACAGGAUGCUCAUUUGGGACCCCACCUUGUUCAAGCCUUAAGAAUUUCUCUCAUUUCAGAGAACCCCUCCAGCUCUGACAUAUUGGAAUGUGGCCCCAGGAUAAGAAGUGGGGGCUGUUCAGGAGUACUGGUGGGAGAUGCAGAAUCAGGCUCCCCUCCUCUACUUCAGGGGAAUCUAUAUUUUAAUCAGAUCUUCAGAGGGACUGUCUGCCCAUUAUAGUUUGAAGAAAAUUGUUCCAGGCAGUUCCCUACUUUCUGGAGUGCAUUAAAUAUGGUCCAAUAAUGAGUAGCAGGCCAAGUUAGGCCCUUUGUUCUCAAGAAACUGAGGAAUUUUUAUUUUAUAGCUUUGCUUUCUGAUAGAAAAGACUAGGUACACACCUUUUGAUGUUGCUGCACAGGGUAGAAAAGAGCUUUGGUUCAACUAAGCUAGGAAUGGAGUCAGACUUCCUUGUAGGAAAAAAAUGUAUCUGAUUAAGUGUAUCUUUGGUGAUGCAAAGGUUUUCCUCUGCUAUUUUGUAAACUCAGCACAUUUGUACAUAGUUAUUUAUUUAUUGGAGAUAAAGGAAAACACGGGCAAAACCCUUGCUUAUGACAUCACAUGUGGAAAAUAAACAAAUAACAGCACAUGCUGAGGUUGUCUGUCUGUUCACCUCCCCUCCCCCGCUCCCUGAUUUGGUGUCACUAAAUGGGACUUCCUAACACUGCAAGUGCCAUGCAGCACGUUCAGAGUCCAGCACAAGUGCCACACACUCAGGGCAGCAGCACUGACUUUCAAAGAUUUUUCCAGAAGACAUCAUUUUCAGUAUAGAAGGAUGUCAUUUCAUGUGUGUUCACAAGGAUUUCUUUCCUUUUGUAACCAUAGCAACUUCAUACACAGGGCUUGUGUCUAUGUGUUUUAAAGUCCAUCAUAGGAUUAUUUGUUGGGAUGGGUUAAAGAAACUCCUUCUCAGGGCGUCUCUAAAACCUCAGCUGUGCAGCCUCUGUGUAUGGUUUGGCCUCCUCUGCUCGCUGAGCUUCCAAAUACAGCAGCUGGGAAGGUGGGGGCUCAGGCUGAGGCUCCAAUUGACACAGUCAUUUUCACAUACCAAGGUCUCACAUGGUAUUAAAUCAUUCUCAUUUUUGUUGGAGAUUAGAAACCCUGUCUUUCAAAUGUAUAGAUUCUAUACAAUUUUCUGGGCUUUUUCUGGGACGGUGGCGUUCGCUGCAUGUUCUACGCAGUGCUCUAUGUGUUUUCAUAAGGCAGUUGUUGGAAGAAAAUUGAGCUUGGUCAUAUCUUUAAAUAUUUUUAUAUAUCUGGAUAAUGCCAAAUUUCUCAGUUUUCACUGGAGUGGUGACUGUUGUGAAGAUGAAAUUGGAGAUUCCGACAUCCCUCUGGGAUCCAGUUGGUGGACGUGAGGGAGUGGGGACUGGACGGCCACCAUGUACUCCCCCCACCUCCCAGAUCAGCAGGGUGAUAUCACCUUUAAGGUUGGGCAGAUGAGCAAAAAACUGAAGUUUUUGUGGUAGGUAUGUUCGAAGGAAGAACUGGAGUGGUGACGUGGCCGAUGCAGAUAAGUUGUGUCAGGGAUACACAGGAGGGUAUGAAACCAUACACAUUUGUCUUCACUAUCCUGCCUGCCAUUUUUCAAAAAGGAGCUGUCAAAUUGUGGCUGAGGGCUACUCAUUGCUUUAGGAUUUCUUCCUCCAGGGAGGGGCAUUUUCCCAAGGAACACAAGAAGACCAACGCACACUUUCAAGACUAAGAGCCCUGAAUGGGGUAUGUUGGAUUUUGGCACACUAAUAGGGUGGGGCCCCGCCCCAGGCCCUCCCUAGUCUCAUCUGAACUUGUGAUUUUCAGUACCACUAAGAAUUCACAGUCCGUCUCUGAGAAGGAUACCAAGAUGAGAUAAAUAAAUCAGUUAGAUAUUAAAACGAUCAGCACUUAAAAUCAGGGUAGACCUUAUGAAGCAAGGACCACCACUCAACCUUUAUGAUCACUGCUUUUUCUUCACAUUACUGGGGGACAAUGCCUAAGGGGAGAUCUAAAUCUCAGCAAGUGGUAUGUGUUUGCUGAUGGCGUUCCAUCAUACCAGGGCCGGUGAAGAAGGCCACAGGUACCUCUGGACUUGGCAGAUUCAAUUUUUUUUAAGGCUUUUUUAUUUAUUUAUGCAUAGAAGAACUGGGGUGUAGGCCAGAGGUACAGGGUAUGAGAGGAUUCACCAGAGACAGAGUGGGGAGCAGAACAGGCAGAUCUACUGAAAUACACUGCUGAGGGGAGCAGUGGGUGAGACAGGAGAAGUCUGUUGUGCCAUGUGGGUUAGCUCCCUGGCUGGGGAUGGAACUCAGGCCAUAGCACUGAGACUUAACCCCUAGGCUGCCAGGGAGGCCCCUGGCAGAUUCAAUUUUGUAGAUUAAAUGGCUUCCAAUCCCUCCCUCCCCACACCCUCACCUAACCCCUGUUCUUGGAUUAAUUCAGUGUAUAUUUAUUGAGCAAAUAUCCUGUGCCUGGCAUGGGGAGAACCCCCCACCUUGAGAAGCUGGCACUCUGGUGGGGAGACAGACAUAAAAUAAAUGAUUGCUCUCAAGGUUGUAUUUAGAAGCAGUGUUAAGAUCUGGGAGGAGAAGCACAAUAACAGAGUGGCAGGAUUUACACUGCAGGAGAGGGGAAGUCUUCCUUGGUGAGCUGAUACUUUACACUAGACCUGAAGGAGGAGCAGAGUGGAUGGGAAAGCAGCUGGUGUAGAAAGAAAGGCCUGUGCAAAGGUCCUGCACUGGGAAGAGUCUGUGCAGAGGGCAUGGAGCAUGGUGAGCUAAGACUGUUUACAUUCUUAUAUUCAACCAAUCAGGAAGACACAAUAUCUUGACACCCAGUGGCCAAGAGAGGGUCCAGGGCAAGGCUGGAGAGGUGGAAAUUGAGAGAUGAAAGUUGAAGAUGGAGAGUGGAAUGGAGGCAGCUUAAAGAUGUUGAUUUCUUUCCUAGGUACAAGUGUGGCAUGCCAGAGUUUAAUACCAGAAUGCUGGUAUUCCAUUUGAUGUGAAUUAUUUGGGGGAGGUAAUAGAUACUUUAAGAAAUAUUUAAAUAAACAGAAACCCACAAUUUCCCUUGUAAACAUUCUGCGAGUUGACAUGGGGUUUGGGGGGCAUACAUGUAUGGACGUGCAUCCCAGCCUCACACCUUAGUGGUCACAUAACCACAGGCACCAAACAGCACCUCUAAGACUGUCAAACAGGGUGCUGGCAAUGACACCUCACUGAAUUUCUGUGAGGAUUAGAUGACAUGAGUUAGUACAGUUGCUGGCACCUAGCAGGUACCCAAUAAAUGUUAGCUAAUGUACCCAUAAAUAAGUGAAUAAAGAAAACGUUUAUGUUGAGAUCUCCAGUGUCUUGAGGGUGAAUUCAAGGUUCAUGUGAAGAUGCAGUCCUUGGACGGGGUGCUGGCUUCCUGGAGGAAGCAGCAUAGAGGCAUUAAGUGGAGACUAAAGGGGGAGAUGCUGGCACAGUGGGAGACCCAGCCCCUUGGGAGCUGUCAAUACACACUUCAAGGCUUAUUCUCUCUGCUCACAUGGCUCAGCAAAAUCAAGGGGUGCAGACAUCCUCUCUGCUGUGCUCCCAGUGAAUGAGGAAGUUAAGAAAUGGGUAGGGUAGUGAAUUAAGAACAGGGUGCCCAAACCCUCAAGUUCUUUUAUCAAUCUGAAUAAGGAGUUACCAGUUGGAGUCAGGUGCCUCACAACCCAAUUAAAAAUGGAAUGUUCAAGGGGGAUGGAAAUUGUAUGGGGACUAUAACCAAGAUGAAAAUGCAUACAUUGUGCAAAAAUGAAAAAUGAUGUAAAAAGGUAUAAAAAAAAAUGGAAUGUUCAGAACAUCACCACAAUAACACAAUUGACCAAAGCUUGUUUCAAGAAUGCAGACCAGGUAAUGUGGGAGACUCACUGGGCCUCCGUAACCUAGGAGACUCCACAGGCCCCAACCAAUCAGGAAGAGACACAAUGUCCUGACACCCGAUAGCCAAAUACCAACUCUUUGCCCACUGUACCCAUAUAAACACUUACUUCUUGCCCCCUCAGCAGCUACCUGUUGGGGCUCUCUCUCCGCUCAAGGAGCUUUCCUGUCCUUCUUAUCUGUCAAUAAAUUUCUUGCUUUUCUAUCUAACUCUUCUUGUUGAGAUAAGAACUGAGAACCCUUGGGGAUCCCUGGACUCCCAGGCCCGAUUCACCAGGGAAGGCAGAGAGAGAGAGAGAGAAAAUACCCCAAAGAACCCUGCUUGCUUUCUCAGAGCCCAAAGGGAAAAUAGAACAUGGACUUCAGUCCAGGCUGAGCUGUGGAGGCAGUGCCUCUGCUUGCUCCCUCUCCCUCCUUGCCACGUGGGGCCUCAAGUUCAACCACACCAAAGAGGAACCUGCAAGAAAGGAAAAAAAUCAUUCAGUUUAGAGUGAUUUACAGGCCCACUGGCCCGUAGACUCUUGCAGUGGGGACUUGCAAAUUCCUAAGCUUCCCCAACUUUUGGCUGACCACACUGGGGCAGAACGAUGGGUCUGGGGACUUAACCCCCCAGGGAGUAGGCACAGCAGUUCCAGGAGUGGCAUCUAUGACUG